AACGAGCGGAGAGGCAGAUCUAAGAUUUAAGCACAGAGCCUAUCAUUGUUUUCAUUUCAGCACAAGAGAGGACAUUAAUGUUGGUGUCAUGUGUCCUAUCAGACAGGGUGGUGGAGUUCCUCACAUCUAGCAUGAAAUGAAGGAGAGAUCCUGAUUGACAAACCAAAGUAUAAUCUGAACCGUGUGCCCUUUUGCUCUAGUUGCUAAAUAACCAGGCAAGCAGAUGGUUAAAAGUCUCCUCUCCACCCUAUAACUCCUCAACAAGCUGAGAGGAGGAAGAAGUGGGAUCAAGCCUACAGUAUGUUCUCAUGUGCAAAGUUACAGAGUCUAGAGGGAUGACGUGUGUGAAAGAAGCUCUAUCUAAUCACUCCCCCAUGAGGAAGAAGAGAGCGCGAGGGGCUGAAGUGAAGCCAAAGGAAAGGGGAAGGGCCUGACAUCAACAAGCCAAAACAGCUGCCCCCUUCUCCCCCAUGGAGAGACAGCAAGAGGAGCCUGAUGGAGCGGGAGAGAGGGGAAGACUGGAGGGUCUGUAAGUGUGAGAGAGAGGCGAACGAGACGUUUGAGGGUCUGUAGGCGAAAAAAAGAAGAGAAGGAGGUAUUGGCAAGUGGAAAGGGGGAAGGGAAGAGAGAGGUGGUGAGUGUAUGCUUGCAUGCUUUAAGGGUGAGGAUAGCCAGGGAGCAGGGGACAGGGAAGAGUGUAAGAGGAGAGAGAAGGGGGGGAGAGAGAGUGUGGAGGGUCUGUGCUUAGUGACACUUCUUGGAGGGGAGAAAGAGGGGUUGUAAGAGGAGAGGGGAAAGGAGUAAAAAAAAAAAAAAAAAAGUCAUCUGGGGUGGAUUUCAAGGCAGGACAAGCUGUCAGGGAGAAGGGCAGAGGUGUGAGGAGUCACCGGGGACGAGGGAGCAUGCUGGAGAAGAAGACAUAAGCUGUCGCAGAAACAUAAGGAGGCCCUUCAAAACAUGAAGCGCUGAGGUGAGGAAAACAAGAGGGACCUUCUGGAGUGAAGCACUUGUCUGGAAAGAGCUGGAUUAGAGCUGAGGGCAUUAGAAAUAUAAGACGAAAGAGGUGUCUGCUGGAAGCAUGGGGUGCAUUCACAGCACGAGCACUGGCAGGAUGAAAAAACAUGGACCUGAUACUGAGACAGGAGGAAUCCCCAUAAAGGCAGAGCCUGAGGUACAUCCUGAAAUCCUUCAACUUGCUGAGCUCGCCAAAGCAGGGAGCCACGCCUUCACGGAGAGGAGCUUCAAGAGGAAACGAGUGUGCAAUGUGUGCAAGCAGAACAUCGACAACCCUGGGGCUUUCUGCAAGGAGUGCAAGGUUGCAGUUCACAAGACGUGUGAAGCCAAGGUGACUCCCACCUGUACCUCAACACCAGACCUGCACGGCUCCACUAAAUCUACACAACAGAAGAAGAGAGGCUCAAUACCAAGGAGUAAAAGUGUGGAGCAAGUGAUGGAGCACGUGAUGGAGCGUCACUAUGACUUUGACCUCACCUACAUCACAGAGAGGAUCAUCUCUGUCUUCUUCCUGCCAGACCUGGAGGAGCAACGGUAUCGCAGAAACCUACAGGAAGUGGCUUCCAUGCUAAAAUCCAAGCACCAGGACAAGUUCUUGCUACUAAAUUUAUCAGAAAAGAGACAUGACAUCUCCAGACUUAACCCAAAGGUGCAGGACUACGGCUGGCCUGACAUUCACGCCCCACCCUUGGACAGAAUUUGUGCUGUUUGUAAAGCCAUGGAGACCUGGCUGACCUCUGACCCCCAAAAUGUGGUGGUUCUUCACUGCAAGGGAAACAAAGGAAAGACGGGGGUCAUCGUGGCAGCCUAUAUGCACUACAGCAAGAUAUCAGCUGGAGCGGACCAGGCUCUCACAACACUAGCAAUGAGAAAGUUCUGUGAAGACAAAGUCUCCUCUUCCUUACAGCCCUCUCAGAACAGAUACAUUUACUAUUUUGGUGGUUUGCUGUCCGGUACCAUCAAAAUGAACAGCAGUCCUCUGUUCCUCCACCAGGUCCUCAUUCCAUCACUACCAAACUUCCAGGCGGGUGGAGGUUUCUACCCUUUCCUAAAAAUCUACCAGGCUCUACAGCUGGUCUACACCUCAGGCGUCUAUGAUCCCCAGAGCUCCAGGGCAAGGAAGCUGUGUGUGACUAUGGAGCCAGCACUUUUAUUAAAGGGGGACAUUAUGGUGAAGUGUUACCACCGGCGGAGUCGAGCAGCAGAGAGGGAAGUGGUCUUCAGAGUCCAAUUCCACACCUGCACAGUUCAUGGAGCACAGCUGUGGUUUGGCAAGACUGAACUGGACCUGGCCUGCGCAGAUGACAGGUUCCCUCCAGAUGCUACAGUCGAGUUUAUCUUCUCCAAUGGGCCAGAAAAAAUGAAAGGUCGAGAAUACCGCAAGAACGACGCCUCAAUCAAAGUGGACUACAACACCUCAGACCCUGUGGUCAGGUGGGAUUCUUAUGAGAACUUCAACCUACGUCACCAAGACAGCAUGGAAAAUAUCUCUCAUACAAGAGGCCCUCUGGAUGGCAGCCUGUACGCUCAGGUGAGGAAGCGUCGUGGGCCGGGCUCCACUGCCUCAGCAGCAUCACCCAACGGAUGCCUCACUAGCAGCCCAACAGUCAAGCCUCAAACUCCCAGCCAGCCCCAGCCUCUCACCCACACCCGUGACUCUAGCCGCUCCUCAGUCCCCUCUGAUCACCUGGAUGACAGUUCUCAGUCCAUAAACCACCCAGAAAAAGAAAACACUGACUGUCAUUCGAAAAGAGGGGAUGGGGAAGAUGAAGUGAAGGAGAAAACAAGAGGAAAGGAAAAGGAUAGAGAGACUGCAAUUUUAGAUGACGGAGACCCAUCAGGUCCUGGGGGUUUGAGGCGAGAGCACUCAUGUUGUGGUCGAGCCAGUACAAAGUGUGGCGAUGUUGGAUGGGAGAGGGAACGAGAGCCCUGCCUUUCAAACAGUCACUGUCUAGGCCGUUGCAGCAGCGUUAAAAAACAUCCAAAAAGCCAAACUCUGCCAGCCUUACCUUCUAAAUCUGUGUCCCCACCUCCUCAUUCUCCUCAUAUGGAGCUCUGCCAUCGACAUAGUGCCCAUCCUUUACCAGAGUUACCUUGGGAACGUCCACCCCCACCACCACCCCUGCCCUGUGUCCUCAGGCCAUGCUACCCAUAUUCCACCAAUGAGCGCACCCACCCACACAGCCACACCCUUCCAGCCUCAAACAGACUCUGCACUGGGGAAGAGUGUCACCUCUUCCAUUAUUCCAGCCACAAUCCAACCUCUCAUCUCUCCCAUCAGUCACUGCCCUCAAGCCCUUACCGGGAAAUGUUCUUUGGCUCACCAACACCGUCCUCUGGCUGCCCCUGUCGGGACUGUUCCAAUAGGCGAGAGCACCAAUCAGCUCCAAUUAGAACAUUCCACCCAUUGCACCCUGACCAAUCAGAAAACCCACAUUGGUCCCACGGAGCAGGGGUACAGCGAACAAGAGAGGCACCUCCACUGUGGGAAAGUGAAAAUCCAUGGGAUGUAGCGAGAGAGGCAGAAAUCUGGCAGUGCAAAGCAGCCAUGCCUGCAUUUCGUGUCUGCCACUCCACUUUGGAUCAGGGUCCAAACCCAGAGCAUCCUAGAUAUGCCAUCGGACCUCACCAAGGCUACCCCAGUCCCCAGUCUCUGACGGAUGUGCGGGAUGGAGCCAGCAGUGGGUACCACACCCCUCUACAGCCCCGCCACUCCUGUCCCUGUUCUCCUUACCAGUCAUCCCCUGCUGAGAGCCACGAAAGCCGGGGUUAUGCUUCAGGGUACUACUCUGGAUCUGCCUCACCCCUGCCUGCUAGUAGCCCCUCUCCUGGGAGAGGUAAGCUGCCUGAGACACCCUCUGGAUGUAGAGACCAACAACAGGCCGAGCAUCACAAAGUGGAAAAGACCGUGGCUGAUGUCGGGGAUGAUAUAUCCCAGGGUUCAGAGGGUAUAUCAGACUCUAACUGCCAGUCAAGCACCCCUGGACUGGACUCUGAUCAUGACUACACAGUUAUUGGUAGUGUCAGUCCAACACACACAGAAGACAGUGUAACUACUGAUAGUCCUCCUCAAAGCCAAGAACCCGCUACACAUCAGGAGUCCAGUACAAAUAACCAACCAAAAGAAACUCAAACCCAAAGUUCCAACAUAUCUAUAAACUCCACGCAACCAUCAAGUGAGAGUUUGAGCUCUGAUGGAAGGCUUGGGACAACCAAGAUUACAGGAAGUGACAAACCACAGACUUCAAACUAUGCCACUGUCUUCAUUACCCCAGUCCAAGUGCAACUGAACGGCUCUGCCCUUCCUUGUGAUACCCCAUCUGACAGCAGCAGAGGCGCAUCCAUGAACCCUUCUGCCAGUCUCAGUUCUAGCCCUUCCACCACUUCCCCAAAUUCUCCAAUUGGCUCCCCAGACCUCCAGUGUUCUCCCCAACGCUCCACAUCAGCUACAGACUCAGUGGGACAAAGGCUGACUCCGGAUAGAGACAGCUUAGCCGACACUAAACCUCCAUCACCUGUGCCUGAUGGAUAUCAUACACCAACCUUCCCCUUAGCAUCCUAUUAUUACCCAUUACUAAACGUCCCUCAUGUACCAUAUAGUGGGUACACCGCCGUCACCAUACCCGCCAUCCAACCACCACUUCCAGAGAAGAAACGGCUUUCAAGCACACCAGGAUCCCAGAAUGGACAUAACUCUCUACUCCGGGCUUCCUCAGCUCCUUCCCCAACACACCAUGUUACUUUCUCCCCCUCUGUGGGAGAGCAGAGACGGGGGUCUACACAAAACUCUCGGGAAGAGGCAGACAUCAGGGUAAAUGCUACGUUUGUCCAGGACAGCUCCAAGUACUGGUACAAACCAGGCAUCUCCAGAGACCAAGCCAUAGCUGUUUUGAAGGACAAGGAUCCAGGAACGUUUCUCAUCAGAGACAGUAACUCCUUCCAGGGGGCCUAUGGCUUGGCCCUCAAGGUGGCCACCCCACCUCCUAAUGCCAACAUCAUUGGCGGCAAAGGGGAUCCUCUGGAACAGCUGGUGAGACACUUCCUCAUCGAGACAGGGCCACGGGGAGUGAAGAUCAAGGGCUGUCAGAACGAAUCCUACUUCGGAAGUUUGUCUGCCUUGGUGUACCAGCAUUCAAUUACUCCCAUUUCUCUGCCAUGUGUCCUUCGCAUCCCAGAAAAAGACCUGGUUGGGGAGCUUCAGGAGAUGCAGAGUGCAACAAACACCAGCACAGCUGCCGACCUCCUCAAACAAGGAGCAGCUUGCAACGUGCUCUACCUGAACUCUGUGGAAACCGAGUCGUUGACUGGGCCUGAGGCUGUUUCUAGGGCGACCAAGUGCACUUUGGCUCUGAGUCCACGUCCAGCACCAACAAUGGUCCACUUCAAAGUGUCUUCUCAGGGCAUCACUUUAACCGACAGCAAAAGAAGGCUAUUUUUCAGGAGACACUACCCCAUCAGCAGUGUGACGUUCAGCAGUCUGGACCCCCAAGACCAGAGGUGGACUAAUUCUGAUAGCACGUCAAGCAAGAUGUUUGGCUUUGUGGCAAGGCGGACGGGCAGUGCUACAGAAAACGUGUGUCACCUGUUUGCAGAGAUGGACCCCGAGCAGCCAGCUGUGGCCAUUGUCAACUUUAUCAACAAAGUCAUGCUGGGCCCACAGCUACACAGAUGAGAGAGCGGGGGAGACCGCUGGGGAUCUGGGGGAGAUGUUAAUAUGAUUUUGACAUGUUUUUUAAUGAAGCGUGUGUAUCCACAUCUUUGCUUACAUUUGUACAGGUUGCACCACUGUGCUUGGCUUCAUGACUGUUUUGAUAACUGAAUCCAGUUGUGACAGAUCAGUGCUCUGUAGGGCAAAGUAUCGUUCAUGUGUCAGUUUACAGAGCAAACAGAGGAAUAGUUCAAUAAGCCAAAGACUGGCCUAACUUUGAUAACCUCUCCUAAAUGAAACACAUUUUGCUUUUGUAUUUUUGCUGUCGUUAUUUUGUCAUCCUGUUCACAUAAUGUGCAACCAACUUCACAAGCCGUGUGAGUGACAAUCCAUUUACCACACUGUUUUCUGUUUCUCUGCAUCAGCAUUUAAA